AAGUCAACAUUUUCUCAUUUUUGUUAAGCAAUUUAAUUGAUUGUUAAUUUGAUUCUCUUUUGAUUUAGAUUAUUUUUCGUUUCUUUUUUUAAUUGUUGUUACAAUUUCAGCAAUUUAGUUUUCCUUUUCUUCUAUUUUUCGUGAAAUUAUUGAUCAGUUUCUCGAGAUCUUUUUCUCCUCUUCAAUUCGGGUAAAGACUUUUCGGUUCUGUUGGUUGUUCAAUGGAUUUUGGUGGUUCCCAGCGGAGAAACGCUAAUCAAGAUGUUAGUUUUGAGGCUGUAAUUGAAGAUUGUCGGGUUUUAUUAAAGGCUUUACAAUCAAUCUGUUUCGGUGAUCGUGCUACUGUUAUAGUUAAUCAACAAGGGAUCAUUUUGAAGGUGGAACAAGCCAAAUGUUGUCAACUGUCCAUUUUCCUAGAAUGGGCUUUGUUUAAAGAAGCUCCUACUAUUGGUGAUCAAUUUUCAUUUUCGAUCAAUUCUAAGGAACUUAUCAUGUUCUUAUCUAUUUUUGCCGGUGAUGCUGAUGUUGAUCCAGCGUACGAAUCGAAAAAUGCUGAAACAAAUCUCAAGUUGCGAUACAAAGGAAUGGGUGAUCCUUUCUAUUUACUUAUCGAGAAAAAUGAAUGUAUAACCGAAUGUAAAUUGUACACUUUUGAUCCACAAGAUUCUCUCAACAUAGAACUUGAUGAAGCCGAUAUUAAUAACAAAGCGAUUCUUGAUGUUUCCUAUUACAAAGAGAUUUGGGCUGAUUUUGAUUCUGCAAGUAAAGAAUUGGGUAUAGAAUUUACCAAAGAUCCAGAGUGCCUGAGGUUUAUAACUAAAAGUAGCUACGAGAAAUCAGCAAUCGAAUUGUAUCCAAACUGUGAAGGAGUAAUCACUUUAAGCUGUGAAGAGGAUCAACUUAAUUUUUAUCAAAUGUCAUUCAUUAAAUUGAGUCAGAAAAUUUUAAAUCAAGCUUGUAAGUUUAAUCUAAGCACAAACAGUGAUGGUUUAUUAUCGAUGACAUUUAUAAUACAAGUGGAAUCAGAACGAGUUGCAUUUGCCAGAUUUUUCUGUGUUGCCAAUCGUCCGGAUGAGCUCUAGAAA